CAUUUGAAUGUUUUUCUUCAUUUUAACGUGAUUUCAUUCUCAUUUUCAUUCCAUGUUAUUUCAUUUGAACUUCAUUUCACGUCAUUGUCAAUGUUAUUUCCAUUUGUUUAAAAGCGGUCAAGCGUGCCGUCAGCCGACUAAACGGGCAGCAGCUGAUGCUUGUUUACGGCUCAGCCAAGGCUGCUUGUCGUGGUGGGAUUACGUAAGGGUGCGGAGAAGCCCUCCCCCGAGCUGUCUCAAGGCAGAAAUGGUACACUCCAUGGAGGGGAGGACGCGCAGGAUGUGUCACCUUGCAUCGCCGUCAUUUAUCCGUUAAAAUGACGAGGGCGGGGCCUGCAGGCCCGAGGCUGUGUAUCCGCCGCUGAGGUUGCCCCAGAGGAAUGGGACGGCGUAGAAGACAAUUUUGUAGAGUGACCACCAUCUAACCUGAAUACUUAGUGUAUUUACAUGCUGUUAGAGAUGUGGCGCCCCCUACCAUCACGGAGGUCAUCACAUUGUGCAUGUAUCAUGCAAAAGUCUUUCUGGCGUUGUUAUUGUUGUUGUUUUAAAGCAUGGCGGCCAUAUUGACGUAGUAAAAGAGUAAAUCGUAGGAAACAUCCACUUUUUGUAGGGUUUCCAAGCCUGCUUUUGAAGUGGUUCUCACAGCGUCAUGGCAGCCACAUGGCCCGACUCCACGACUCUCCUCCGUGUAUUUUAUCCCUUUUAAUUUGCGCUUACUUUCAUUCGUGUUUCAUAAUGAUGACGAUGACGGCGUAGCGUAGCUUGGCAGCAGGCUGAGCUUCCUCUUCUCCUGAUGAGUAAGCUUCCCCUGGCUGUGCCUGCACAAAAAAGUAUAAAAAUACAUUUUUAGCAUCACUUUUUCCCCCACAAGGACUCAAUUCUAGUGGAUUCUGUCUGGAAGGGGCAGGAAUUAGACAACGUGGCAUCCACAUUUGUGGCAUUUAUGUCUGAUUUAAUAGGUAUAGAAGGUGCACUUCCUGUUUGGGUCAGGGGUUACAUCCUUGAGGGUUCAUAGUUAAUGAAUAAUGGCUAAUGGUGAGUCUUCUCACUGUGCUUUGGUAUUUCCAGCAUGGAAAACAAUGUUGGUAACUUGAUUGAAAGGUCAUUUUGGUAAAAAAAAAAAAAAAAAAUGUAACAAACCUUUUACUGACUGAGAUAUGCAGUAAGUAAUUAUUUCUUUUGUAUUACUGUUGUUGUGAUUGAUAUUAUCGGUAUUGUUAUUAUCAGUAUUGAUCUUCCGAUAUCGCUGCUAUUGUUAAAAAAACUCUUUUUUGGGAAUACAGUAUUGCUCUUUACUUUGAAGGGCGGUUCACCGUACUUCCGGUACAUUUCCGGGUUAAUUGGCGCCGCUUCGCCUUGUGUGGCGGACGGAUUCAGCGAACAACUGAUGCGGUCUGGCGGAAGGAGAAGACCAAGAAGAAGAAGAAGAAGAAGUAGUGACGGAGGGGGCGGAGGACGCGAUGGAGGGGGGAGCUCCCUGAGAUAAACACCGCACAUUGGGCAUUUUAGACGGGGAAGUGGCGGCGGCGGUGGUGGUGGGCACUGAAGAAGGAAGAAGCGGGAUAAGUGUCGAACAAGUUUACAGCCGGAGCUUUGUUAUCCACACCCCGCACGUUGGACCCUCCAGUGGACUCCCCUGCGGCCGCGGUCCAACAGUCUCCUUCGCCCAAUGAAUGGAGUUGCCUUCUGCCUUGUUGGAAUACCUCCAUACUCCUCCGAGCACCACGCGAAAGGGCGGAGGGAUGGUCUCUCGUCCGCCGCCGACAACCCUCGGCCGCCGAUGGCGUCCAGGCCGGGCAGGGAGGGCGUCAGCGCGCCUUGGAAAGGCCCCCGGACGCUGGUCCUCCGCAAGAACUCGCAGGGUUUCGGCUUCACCUUGCGCCACUUCAUCGUUUACCCUCCGGAGUCCGCUCUGCACACCGACCUCAAGGAUGAGGAGAACGGCAACGGAAAGGGGUUCCAGAAGGGACGACUGGAGCCCAUGGACACCAUAUUUGUGAAGAACGUCCGAGAGAAAGGUCCAGCCCACCAGGCGGGCCUGUGCACAGGGGAUCGUCUGGUGAAGGUGAACGGGGAGAGCGUGCUGGGGAAAACAUACUCCCAGGUGAUCACCCUCAUCCAAAACAGUGAGAGUGUGCUGGAGCUCUCCAUUAUGCCAAAAGAUGAAGACGUCCUUCAGUUGGUAAGUGCGUACUCCCAAGAUGCCUACCUGACCGGCAACGAGCCCUUCUCGGGGGGAGCUGAGAACCUCCCGCCGCCACCGCCCCUCUGCUAUUCCCGCAGCAGGACCACGUCACCUGCAGGGGCGCCACCGCCUGCCCCCAUGGGGCAGAACCAGCUUGAUAAUUGGAGUCGCUGGCCCGGUUCCCCCAGUCCCUCAUCACCCCUGGACAACCGUUCCUCGGUGUGCAGCCCUCCCAGUUGGCAGGACGGGCGUUCGGUAGAGCUCGGCGGCGUGGGGCACAGCAGUCCGGCCCACCGCACAGAGGAGAUCCAGUAUGGUAUGACUGGCCAGCAGCCUCAGGGUCAAACCAGGGGGCGCUCCUACUCAUCUUCUUCAUCGUCAGGAGGCCCUUUAUCCAGCCCGCUGCAGGUCCACUACCCCAACCACCAUGGAGCCAAUUCCACGCAGGCCCAGCCUCGCAAGUCCAGCAACUCAGCUUGGACCAGCCCGCCGCUGCCCCACCUCAGUCACGGGCGCACUGAGCGCUGCCAGCAAGCGCUGUCAGAGUGGUACUACAGCCAAGUGCCCGAGCGCUCGGGGGGGCGCAACAUGCAGACUCGCCAACGCAGCUACUCCCAGGACCGGCUAAGCGACACAAGGAGGCAGCAGCAUCAGCAGCGGGCAGGCGGCUGGCCUCACAGUGCCUCCCAGGACACUCUGCUGUUACUGCAGCAGUCAGGACCGGGGCCCCAUGGAGAGCCCUACUGGUCAUAUGGAGAGUGGGGACCAGAUAGGGGCCAUCCUGCCUCCAACUACACAAGGACUCGCUCUGAAAACCUGCUGGGACAGUAUGAUCGUCACGGACGCUCCUUAGAGAUGUUGGACCGAACCUCAGCUGGACUGGUCUCACCUCGGUGUGAGCGGUGGAAUCAGCCUCCCAAGCCACCCCCCAGGACUGAUCUCCACCAAAGACAUGGUGGUCAGUACCCUGCGAAACAAGCACCCUCGAUGCCCCGACACCCACAGCCGAACUCCAAACACCCCACACAGACCCAACCCCAACAGGUGCCUCUCAAGAACCGGCGGCUUCCUUCAGGCCAGAGCAUGGACGACCAACCGGUUGGCUACCGUAGCUACAGUCCCUCCUUCUACCGUAAGACGGGCCGCAUCAUGCAGCAAGCCCACUCUUUCAGGGACCCUUCGUACUCUGGCCCCCACCUGAACUGGAACACCAGCCCGCCAGAGGGCGCGCCGGCCGUCUCACCCGCCACUCCACUGGCCUCCACCUCACCCGAAUCCCAGGAGAGAGCAUACAGGCCCACCAACCACGAGAGGGAGCGAGGGUCAACGGUGGAGGUGGUGGCAGCGCAGACCCAGGAAGUAGUAAUGCGGCAAAAGCCUCCCAGCGGGCGGCGGAACGCCCACGGCAUGCGGCACCCUCACUACGUGCUCCCCAUGGACGGCCUGGAGCCCUCCUUGUUCUCUCCGGAGCCCCCAGACUCGGCAGCCGCCUCCAGCUCCUCAGGAGAGGCAGUGCCGUGUAAGGCAAAUGGCGGCCUUGUCCCACUGUCCCUGGAGGACGACUCCCUGGCAUCCAUCCCCUUCAUCGAUGAGCCCACCAGCCCUGGUGCUGACUUGCGCGCCCGCCACGUGCCGGCGUCCUCCGUGGUCUCCAGCGGCAUGAGUUCGGCGCCCGCCGCUGUCGCCAGCCCCGCUUCCCCCACCUUCACCUUCCCCGCCACUAGGCUCUUCUCACAUGACUGCAGCGCUAUUAAAUCCGGUCGCCGUUCCUCCUAUCUUCUAGCCAUCACCUCCGAGAGGUCCAAGUCGUGCGAUGAGGGGCUCAACACCUUCCGGGAGGACGGACGCGUCUUCUCGAGGCUACCAAAGAGAGUCAAGAGCUUCUUCACGGAUGGGUCUCUGGACAACUUGGGGACGGAGGAGGAGAGACGAUCCAAGCGACACUCCACCUCGGAGCUGGGGAACAUCAUGUACAGCGACGUGCUGCGACAAGGGUGGCUGCACUACAAGCAGAUCCUCACGGAAAAGGGCAAGAAGGUGGGCAGCGGCAUGCGGCCGUGGAAGCGAGUCUUCUCAGUGCUGCGCUCCCACUCGCUCUUCCUCUAUAAGGACAAGCGGGAGGCGGUGCUCCGCGGGGCCACCGUGGGGGGCGGCGCAGAGGACGAGCAGCCCAUCAGCAUCCGGGGCUGCCUGGUGGACAUCGCCUACAGCGAGACCAAGCGCAAGCACGCCCUGCGGCUCACCACGCAGGACUUCUGCGAGUACCUGCUGCAGGCGGAGGACCGCGAGGACAUGCUGGACUGGAUCAAGGUCAUCAGGGAGAACAGCAAGACGGACAACGAGGAGUUGGGCUUUUCCAGGCAGGCGCUCAUCAACAAGAAGCUGAAUGACUACAGGAAACAGAGCCCAACUGGCAGCAAGCCGGACGCCUCACCCAGGAUGUCCCGCAUGAAGCCUCCCUUCCUGCUCGCCAAGACGGAGAACGCUUUGGGGGCGCCGCGCUCACCCAAACCAGAUGGCAAAGACGAGAGCAGCCCCCCCAAGUCCCCGUGGGGAAUCAACAUCAUGAAGAAGACCAAGAAGGCUGGUCCCAAAGCUUUCGGCGUGAGGCUGGAGGAGUGCCAGCCGGGCGUCAACAACAAGUUCAUCCCGUUGAUCGUGGAGAUCUGCUGCGGUCUGGUGGAAGAGAUGGGUCUGGAGUACACCGGCAUCUACCGCGUGCCGGGCAACAACGCCAUGGUGUCGCUGCUGCAGGAGCAACUCAACAAGGGUGUCGACAUCAACCCAGCAGAGGAGAAGUGGCAGGACCUCAAUGUCGUCAGUAGUUUGCUUAAAUCCUUCUUCCGGAAACUUCCAGAGCCACUCUUCACCAACGACAAGUACAACGAUUUCAUUGACGCCAACAGAAUGGAAGACGCAUCAGACAGACUGAAGACCAUGAAGAAGCUGAUCCGAGAUCUCCCAGAUUAUUACUACCACACUCUGAAGUUCUUAGUGUGUCACCUAAAGACAGUGGCGGACCACUCUGAUAAAAACAAGAUGGAACCACGUAACCUGGCUCUGGUGUUCGGGCCGACUCUGGUGCGGACGUCCGAGGACAACAUGAAGGACAUGGUGACACACAUGCCUGACCGCUACAAGAUAGUGGAGACGCUCGUCCAGCAUUACAUCUGGUUUUUCAGCGACGAGCCAGACAAGGAUGAAAAGACGCCGGUGGACACGGAGGACAUGCAGCCCGCCCCCAACAUUGACCACCUCCUGUCCAACAUUGGGCGCACCGCUCUGCUCGGGGACGCCUCAGACUCCACCAACAGUGACUCAGCAAAAUCAAAGGGGUCCUGGGGGUCCAAGAAGGACCUCACGGCCAAGGACUUCCUGACUCUGUCCAUCAUGUCGGCCGUCACGGGCCGCAAGCGCAGGAAGCGGCACAAUGCUCGCCGCGUGGGCAGCAGCACCGACGACGACUCGGAGCACGAGCCCGUCAAGGCGGGACACCCGGGGGCCGAAGAGGGGGAGGAGGAAGAAGAGGAGGCAGAGUCGCCACCGGGAGACACCGCUCCUCAUGCGGAGGGGGAGGCAGACGACGAUGAGGAAGAAGAGGAGGAGGAGGAAGAAGAGGAAGUUGUGCAGGCGGAGGUGAAAGAGGAGGCGGCGGCUUGCGGUCCAAAAAAACAGGAAGAGGCGGCGGAAGGAAGGUCAAACCAGGAAAAGGGGCCGGCGUGGCGGGCGCCCGAGGACGCGCGCUCCAUCGUGUCAGGCUACUCCACCCUCUCCACGCUGGGGCGGAGCCUGGGCUCGGAGGGGAGGGCGGAGGAUGCCGACGACGAGCACAGCGAGCUGGUGAGCGAGACGGACAACGAGAGCGGCUUCGCCUCGCGCUCCCUGACGCAGGAGCGGCCCGAGAAGCGGACGGCAGGGCCGCGCGGUGCCCCGCACAAACCCCCGACGACGACGACACCAGCUGACGCCAUCGCCCCGCCGCCUGCCGCCACCAUCGCCCCCACGCUCACUCCGGACAGCGCAGAGAGGAGCGAAGGAGGGGCGAGAUCCACCACGCCAUCGUCCUCAUCCUUCUCGUCGUCCUCCACCGCUCACAGGCUUCACUCGCGGCCUUCCUUCAACUCCCACAAGCUGAUCCAGUGCGACACGCUCGCCCGCAAGAAACUCAAGGGCGACAAGGUCAAGGCUCACUCCCUCGACCUGCUCGACGUCCCCGCUCAAAACCACAGCGCCACGCCGGACGCCACCUCCAGGACCAGGAGAGAGCCCAGAACCAACCCCUCCUCGGAAAGCAGCCAGGAGAGUUUCCGCCCGGGUCGACCCCGGCCGGCUGCGCUGCCCAGCGAGGCCGCCUCCUUCACGCCCGCCGCCAAGUCCCUCGCAGAUCAGGUGCGCGCCCGCCUGCUGGGCUCGGCCGACGACCUGCGCAGCGUCGGCAUGCGCAAGCCCCUCUCGCCCGAGAGCCGCCGCAAGAGGCGGGCCUGGCGUCGCCACACGGUGGUGGCGUCCCCCACCGAGGCGAGCGACAAGAGGCCGCCGCUGACCGUCACAGAGUUCCCGCUGUCUCCCAUCGCCGCUAAAACGCAGCCGGGGCCUCCGGAGGAGGAAGAUGGCGGCGAGCGGGGGCCUUGUGGCCGCCACGCGCCCACCUCCAGGUUCCACCAGUACCUGUGAAUCCUGGCGGCGAGCGUCCGCGCCGAGCUGCCUGCUGAGCUGCAGGUCAGCAGACUGGCAGCACGCUAGCGCUUAAAAAGACGCCGCCAUCUUUUUGUGUCUCGUAUUCAUCUAAACCUACGCGUCUUGUGUACAGCAGGGGGCGCUCCAAUUCCUUUCAACGUUGCCAAAGCUCUUUUCGUUUUCUUACUUCUUUAACUGCGCUUGUUUUUAUUUUAUAAGUGACACAACAACAGCAGCAGGGUGAACACAGGAUGACCUCAUCGUUACCUACACAACUGUGCAAAAGUCUUGGGUCACCACCAGAUUUGUUCUUUUAAUCAGGAAAUAGAAUAGAAUGCAAUAGAACGAUGAAUCGCUAUGAAUUAUGUCCAUUUGUGAGCAACUGACUUGUGGCCACUUGAAGCAAAGGAGGCGCACUACUUGGCAGCAGCCAGCGGGGGCGCUGUUGCACCUAGUUUAUUGUCUAAUAGGAGCCCAUUUCAUGUAGAAUUGAGAAAUAUAAGAACGAUUAUUCUGGAAACAAAAGUUAUCAGUGUGGAAAAACACACUUUCCUGCCAUCAAAAAUUUGUAUUAGAUCACAAAAACAACAAAUCCCAAAACCCAUUAAAUGACUUUUUAUAGUUAAAAACAGUAUUAAAUAUUAGGACACGCAAUGGAAUGAAUGCGGGUUUAGCUUGAAGAGCGACAACUUGCUGCUUUUGCUCCAACGUAAAAGUGACAACGGACUCAUCUUGGUGGACUUUCUGCUGGUGAUCUUCAUACUUGUAGAAAGAUGAAAAAAAAUAGUCCCAAAUGGUCAUCGUGACAUUGCUAAAGAGGCAACGUCGGUGGUGACUCGGCACUUUUGCACAGCUCGGCAAACAAUUCCCACCUUGAGGGCACGAAUGGUGCUUCUUUUUUUGGAAAAAGUCAAGACGCGGAGUAAAACCAUUUCAUCGCUUCCCGGAUCGCUCGCUCGUCCCCCGCCCCCACCCCGCUCGUCUCUCGCGCUCCUUUUUGUAACAUUUGUACAAAGCCUUGUUUUUAAGUUGUAAAUAUCAACGUUGUCGUGUUUGUUUUUACCUUUUCUUAAUGAUAAUAAUAAUCUUUUUUAUGGUUUACAAACGUGCGCACACAAACACACGCCGUCGUUUCUUUCAAGACUUGAAAUGCUCCCUUAAUAUAUUGUUUGUUUUAUAUAUAUAUAUAUAUAUAUAUACAUAUAUAUAUAUAUAUAUAUAUGUAUUAUAUAUAUUAUAUAUAUCGCCACCUCUGGUUGUCACUUCCUGUCUUGAGGCUUUUUUAACCACACUGCGGUGACUAAUCCAAACAGUCUCGUCAUACCUCAACAUUUCUUUGUUGGUUUUUCAACAAGUGCCUAAUUUCUGGAAUGUUGUCCAGCAGUGCCACGCUAGCUUCUCUUCCCAUUCAGUCUUCUUCUUCUUCUUCCCUGUGAGGUUCCUGUCUGUCCUCCUGUGGUUUUCACGCUCCACUAAGACGUCUACGUUCAAGUUCAAGUGGGCAUAGAGACUUCAAAUAAGCACACGUCAUGCCAAGGACACGUCUAUGCACUCCCUCUGCCUCUCUCUCUUUCUCCCUCACACACACACACACACACACAUCACUUUGUUGAGAAUAAAACAGUGUGUUGUCGCUUAUGUUUGUGUACAUACUAUCGUAAUAUGUAACAUAUUGUCUGACAUUGUGUACAUUUAAGUCAAACUAAUUGUCUGCGUGCUUUAAAGCAAGGUUAUUAUUAUUAUUAUGAUUAUAUAAUGUAAAUAAAAAGAAGUACGUACAAAAAAAUAAAGGGGUGUUUGUCUUCUGGUGUUAAAUUGUCAAUGGCGCCCUCUUGUGGUUACAGGUAAUAUGGCCUCAAUAGUUCUUUGAGGUGUUUUUUUAAACAGAGCAAACCCUUCAUGUUUAGCAUCUUUUCUUACAUCAUAUUCAUUUCUUGUGGCGUAUUAUAGCAUCUUUAGAGUUCCGGGGCGCCCAAACUGGGUCAUAGUUCAAUUUCUAUGGAGUCUGAAUGCUCUUUUUCUUGGGAAGAGCUUCUGGAAUAAAGUUUUUAUUAUUAAUGUAAAGUAUCUGUCAAGGUCGUGACAACAACAUUAUGUAUUUUUGUAUGUUUGGAGUUCCAGUUAAAUGUGAAAAAACAACUAAGGGUUUCCCAAAUGCAGCCUGGGGGGCAUUUGCAGCCCGCAGCUUUUGUUUUUAUUGAAACAUUCUCCCCAUAAAGUGAAUCACUGACCAUUAUGGAGGAUUGGAGCCGCACGGAUCACGCCAACAAUAAUUGUUGAAAUAUACUGAACACCUUACGGUUUUAGUGUUUAAUCAUAUUUUUAAAGUGAAUAAUCCCCUUUUUUUAUUAUCCCCCUGUGAAAAAAGCACAUUAAUUAAAGCUGUCAAACGACAUGUAGUAGGCU